ACUGUUUUUUUUUUAUUGCGUGUUUAAGAUUCGAAUGCAAAAAGCUACUAAUGGUAAUUAAAAUUCAAAAAGCAACUAUUAAUAAUAAUUUCUUUGCUUAUGUAAUUCAAUUGAUAGUAUGUCGAUUCGAAUUUCCGCUUCAAUUUGAGCGCGAAACAGUAAAUGCCCCAAACCUUUUGCACAUCCGUCCAUGGACAAUUGUCAGUUUUUUUUUUUACUUUUGUACCAUCAAUUCGUAAAUAUUUACGAAUUCACAUGCCAAAGGGAUUGAGAUUAAUUGACAGCUUGACCUACCGUAAGGCGACAUCUACCAUUGAGAAUUACUCUGAAGAUUCGUACGUCUGGUAGCACACGUUCAACGUCAGAGAAAACUCAAUUCUCUGCUCUGUCAACGUUCUCUGCGAAAGGGCAGCGCAAAACGAAACGUAAAAAUAGCAAACGAAAGAAAGUCGAAAUAAAGAAGGCGAGGAAAAUUAAUUUUUUUGGAGAAGACAGUUUUGAAACGUCGGAACAGUAAAUUUUCCCACGACACACUUUCAAACAAUUGGUAGCAUCGAGAUGAAUAAAUUGAAGUCCACACAAAAAGAUAAAGUAAAACGAUUCAUAUCGCUAACACAGACGGGCGAACAAACGGCUAUAUACUGCCUCCAACAAAAUGAUUGGAAGCUGGAGUUAGCUAGCGACAAUUAUUUUCAGAAUCCAGAAUAUUAUUAUCGCGAACUAGAUCGCAAACGUAUUGAACAGCUCUUCCUGCGCUACCGCGAUCCCUGUGAACCCCAGAAAAUUACCGCGGAUGGAGUUAUACGUUUCUUAGAUGAUCUCGCUUUAAGUCCUGAAUCCAAAUUGGUUCUAAUAAUUGCCUGGAAAUUUCGCGCUGAAGUGCAAUGUGAAUUCAAACAUGAUGAAUUUGUGAAUGGUAUGGCAGAUCUCGGUGUGGACAGUGUAGAUAAGCUCAAAGCGAAAUUGCCUCAACUGGAAAUGGAGUUAAAUGAUGUAGCCAAAUUUAAGGACUUCUAUCAGUUUACUUUCAACUAUGCAAAGGAUCCAGGUCAGAAGGGCAUCGACUUAAAUAUGGCCAUUGUCUACUGGAAGAUUGUACUCAGUAGCCGAUUUAAAUUCUUAGAUCUGUGGUGUAGGUUUUUGGAGGAAAAGCAUAAACGUUCCAUACCUAAAGACACCUGGAAUUUACUGCUGGAUUUCGCUACACACAUUGAUGACAAUAUGAGUAACUAUGAUUCAGAAGGAGCAUGGCCGGUGCUUAUUGAUGAUUUUGUUGAGUGGUGCCAUGAGAACCAUUUAAUGGCAACGCAGCCACAUCAACCACAACAGCAACAUCAUCAGCUACUUCAACAACAGCUUGCUAACUAUCAGCCUCAAAUGCAGUCUAUGCAGGUACAGCAACAACAACAACAGCGAAAUAUAUCGAGCAGUUAUCAGCCAACCUCGCAUAGUGCAAACAUUAAUUAUGGCUAACGUUUAUUUAAUAUCUUAAUUAUUUUAAUAAUAAAUUUGCUUUUAUUCUUAUUAUUAUAAAUAAUUACAUAGUAUAAACAUUGAAUUAGUGAACGCUUCUUUCAAAACCUACAAUCCCACAACUUAUAUAAAUACACAACUAAUAGAACCAUAAACACAAAUAUACACUUAUUUCAAGUCGAAACACUUUCUCGGAUCUGGAUAAUGAAUCUCUCAGCCAAAGCGGCUCAGAGCGCAUACUCGAAAUUAUAUUUACAACUAAAUUAAUAAUGUAAUGUACGAAAUUGUUAAUGUAGAAUAUUUAGUUUAAAUAACUUUCAAAAGCAAGUUUGUUUGAAUGGGGAUACAAAAUAAAGAACCUUUCCGACCUAAAGAAA